AUGCCGGGGCUCGUGCUGGACAGGGGAAGAAAGAAGACGCUGACGAGGAGGAGACUGGAGGAGGCUAGGGGAGGAAAGGAGAGGAAGCCGCGGGAGGCUUGGACGGUGCUUUCGGAGGAUGGUUUGAGCCACUGUGGAAACACGUUCUUCCUCGACCAGAGGCACGGGAGGCUAUCCAUUCUGCGGUGGCAGUUGGGACGAGACAAGGACUUACCUAGUGGCCCGGGGUAUCGUCCUGAAGUAGACAAGGGUUCGGACCUCUCUUCAGCCAACCACGAGCCGGAUAGAAGGCCGCUGCCCACCUGGCGACAGGACCAGGACGGUGGCUAA